UGCUCAAGCGUCACAAUGAGAAAUCGUCACAGUGAGCAAGUCGUAACUGAGAACUUUUCCUUAAGUGAGGCCCCAGAUGGUCCCUAACCCAAAUCCCCAAGUUGCUUCAGCAUAACCUCCUGACCCUUAAAAGUGUAGUUUUUAGGGAAAGGACUAGUUUACAGUCCUCUUGCGCUAGAGGACUUUGUUCCUUGAGGGUGUGCGGGUCUUCGGCUGUGUAACCCACAGGUACCUGCCCCAAGCGGACCCGCCCGACGCGUGUCCCGGGCCUGUGGCCCCGGCGCCUUCGCAGGCGGGACCCCACCACAAAGCCCUUUAUUGAAGCCGCGGCUCCUCACGCCAGCAGGAAGGAGAAGUGCGCCGCGGCGCGGGCCGCGGUGCGCGCGCGGCCUUGUGCACCCAGUUUGCGGCGAGCUCUGCCCUCGGUCCUCUGGGAAUCCCGACGGUCGACAGACACCGAGUGCUGGCAAAGUGAACAGAGUAUCCGCAUCCUUAUUACAAAAGGCACCUGUGUUGGGAAAUUAGACUGUAACAAUUCACCAUGGCUUACGGCUUGCCAAGGAAGAACUCAGUGAAAACCGUUCUGAGGGGCAGUUAUCAAGUAGAGCAACCGUGGGAUCUUGCACAGCUUACGGAGAUCUGGUACACCAACCUGGCCAAAAUCAAGUUCCCAUUCUUGCAAGAAAUUACAUUUGGUAGUCCUGUACACCUCAAAAGGUGUAAAAUCAGAAAGGAUGGUCUGCUUCCUACUGCAGAAGACAUCAAACUGGAAAGGGAAAGUGAAGCAAAACACCUGAAUAAUCUGAAACAUCAGGAAAAUAUAGCUGAGGAAAUGCAAUUUUCCCUAAGGGGGAAGCAAGGUGGUUUGAGAAGACCUCUUCCACCUAAGUGACAGUCUCCUCAGAAUCCUGUCUGUGCUCUGU